AUGGAUGAUGAUGAGAUAUUCUCUGAUUCUCAAAAUUUCUACUCAACCCAAAAUUUCAAUCCUUCCCAAACUUUCAAUCCUUCCCAAGAUUAUAUCCCUAACUUUGAUAAUUUUCCAAAUUCUAGCCAAUUUGAAACUAAUGUGAAUGCUUCAAAUGCUCCACAUGGUUGGAAUGAGCAAGAAGACAAUGCGCUAAUGUCUACUUGGUGUUUUAUCAGCACAAAUGCAUGUGUUGGCACCAACCGAACUAGUGCGAAUCUAUGGGAAAAUAUUCUUGUUCAAUAUGAACAAAUAAGAAAAGAAAAUCCAACAAUGGGCGAACAAAGGAGUUUGGAGUCAUUGAGACAGCGCUACAGACGACUCAACAAAAAUGUCUCCAAGUGGAUUGCUGCAUACAAGCGUGCACACGAACGAGCUACAAGCGGCCAAUCUAAUGAGGACAUUGAGAAAGCCGCUCAACAAAUCUAUGGUAAGGGUAAAUUUACUCACCAUAAGGUGUUUGAGAGCGUGAUGCGACACUAUCCCAAGUGGGAAUUGAAGUUGAAUAGCACCGGUUCAUCGCGAUACCAGCCAGAUGACGACAGCCUUGAAGAAAGUCGUGGAAGCUCAAAAAGGUCGAGGACUAGUGAGGAGGGAGGACCUCAAAUCAACUCCACACCUGGGAGUGUUUCUUCAACAUUACAACGUCCUAUUGGAAGAGAUAAAGCUAAGGCUAAGGCUAAAAGAAAAGGCAAAGAAGUUGCAACACCAUCAUAUACGGUUCCUAAUGAUUUCACUGCAGCACUGCGUGAAAUGAGAGUCACACGUGAAAGGGAAUGUGAUAUUCAAGAACGGAAGAUCAAGGCAGCUAGUGAUAUUCAGGAACGGAACAUCAAGGCAGCUAUCCUUACUCCGCUGAUGGCUAGGAGGGACUUAACUCCAGAAGAAGAAACGCUGAAACGCAAUCUAAUAGCAGAAUUGUUUGGGAAGUGA